AUGGCCAAUAAUUUAUUUAGAAAAUCAAAAUAUUCUUUAGUAAUCUAUGACGUAAACAAUAAAUCCAUAGAAGAAUUUGCUUCAAUUAAUCAAACAUCUUUAUCAUCAUCCAAAUCAAUAGUGAAAGCUUCAUCACCUUCAGAUGUUGCCAAGAAAUCUAAUGUAAUCAUAACAAUGUUACCUUCUUCAGUUGAGGUCGAAAAGGUUUAUUUGAAUGAUGGAGAUGAUGAAAGUUUAGUCAAUUCAAUUGAUAAAAACAGUUUUUUGAUUGAUUCCAGUACUAUUGAUCAAAGUGUCAGUAAAUAUGUUGCUAAACAAAUCAUAAAUAAAGGCGCCACUGCUGUUGAUGCUCCUGUCUCAGGAGUUGGAGCAGAGGCUGCCACAUUAACAUUUAUGGUUGGUGCAUCUACAUCAAAAGAUUUUGAAAAGGCUAAAUCGUACCUAAGCUUUAUGGGUAAAAAUGUGGUUCAUUGUGGUGAUAUAGGAACAGGUCAAAUUGCAAAGAUGUGUAAUAAUAUGUUGUUGGCAAUAUCAAUGAUCGGUACAGCCGAGGCUAUGAAUUUAGGUAUAAGACUAGGAAUGGAUGCUAAACUUUUGGCAAGUAUUAUAAAUACAUCAUCGGGUAGAUGUUGGUCCAGUGAUACUUACAAUCCUUGUCCUGGUAUUAUGGAAAAUGUUCCUUCAAGCAGAGAUUAUCAGGGUGGUUUUGGUAAUAAAUUGAUGGCAAAAGAUUUGAGACUUGCUGUUAAUGCUGCUAAUGAUACUCGUUCCACCAUUGUUCUAGGGGCUUUAGUUCAACAAAUCUAUAAUCAGCUUUCUACAAAUAAAGAUUUUGAGAAUAAAGAUUUCAGCUCAAUAUACAAAUGGUUAAAUAACAAAUAA